AUCAGGAGGUCUGGAGGAUCACAAGUGCAUUGGAGAACCACAAGUAUGAAAUUGUUGACUGGGACCUUGGUGCCGGAAUAUACAUAGACUUCUACGUUCUGAAGAACUCAAUGCAAGAAAGAAAUGCCAUGGAUGAUUCGGGUUCACUCGAGGAGAUGAGUGAAUCAUGCAGAAGUUUCUUUGGCCGAUUAAACGAGUCGUUAUUAGUCUGGGGAAGCAAAUUACCUGUUGAGUCAAGUGUCGUGUUUGACAGGGCAUGCUACUCGAAGAUGGCAGAGGAGCUAUGCGCGCUUCUGGUGGACACCCCAAGCGAGACGCUGAACCUACCCAUGGGAUGUCUUCUAACGAUGCUCAACGCUCCAGUUCCGGAUGAGAGCAGGUCGUCGUACCUGCAGGACGCACUCUCCGUCUUCACCGAAAUCCUUUGCAGCGAUCCGUAG